AGAAAACAAGGCAUCCUAGCUCUACAACGUAACGUACUUCAGUUUAUGCGAGCGAGAAAGAUUUUGGUACCUUCAAUUCUACUUCUACAUACUCCGGUGUCAUUAUGUCUGAAAGGGAGAGAGUGUAUCCCAAGAUAAAGGUUAAGGUUGAUCAUGAGGGUGUUAAUGCAGAAAUGGGUUGCCAAGUCUCACCACCUGCAACCUUAAAUUUCAAAACUACCUCUCAUGCUCACCAGCUUCACCAUGGUAGAAAUAAGAAUAUAAAAAACGGAAAGAACAUUAAUCAAGAGAAGAACAAAACUUCAAAUUCACAAAGGCCUAAUAAUAUAGUUUUUCGUCCACGAGCAGUCGUAUCUAGCCCGGAUAAUGAUAUGAUCAUUGGUAAUAGGAAGAAGUUGACUUGCAAAAAUCAAGCUAGCAACAAACCUACAGCUUCACGGGAGGAGAAAACCUCACAAUGAUCCAAUUCAAUACUCCAUUUUCUUUUUCAUAAUGUCUUUAAUUUGUAUCUCCAUAACAAAUAAAUGAGUAAUUAAUACUAAACACAUUUAAAGGAGGUAUAUGGGUGAAAAAAUUGAAAAUGUAAUCCAUUUAUCUCCACAUAUAUUAUAUAAGUUAAGAGUAAUUACAGUACAAAAAUAUGUAUGAUGAUAAUGGAGAAAUGAAGAAAAUCAAGUUU